GGGCCUCGCGUGGCUGGGUUGGGAGAAGAGAGGUCGGAGAGGGGGGUGUGCCCGGUGCACGGCAGCUUCUGGGAUCCGAAUCCGGAUUCAUUAAGAGUCCCUUGGUUCCUUCUGUCUGUGAAACCCGGGCGGAGAAGGGCGCAGCAUCGUGGGGCCCCCUUUCUGCCUGACAGCCGUCUAAAGUCUUCGGACCUAAUGAUCCCUGGUCCCAUGACGGUUCUCCGUAGCUCUUGAGCCACGGGGAGCGCGAGGGUGGGGGGCAGCGGUCUUCUGGAUUCUUUUGCUUUCUCCUGCUUUCGAACUGAAGGAACGAGAGGAUCGCUCAUCUGAGUCUUCGGUUUUGCAACUGGGUAGUGACAGAAGAUGGACCCACAUGUGGACAUUCAGCCACCCUCUGACUUUCAGCCAUGACCAUCACCACCAACCGCUUCCUGAGCAUCUGCUCUGUGCUGGGCACUGUUCUGCACACCGAGGGGGGAUUCAAAAGACAUAAAAACCACAUUCCUGUCCCUCAAGCAGCGUGUAAUUUAAUUUGGGAGCUGAAACCCACUCUAAUGAUGCGGCGUAAGAAUGGUAACAAGCAUUAUUUCAGUAGGAUGGGUACUAGGAAGAAAGUUCAUGCCUUUGUCCGUGUCAAACCCACUGAUGACUUUGCUCAUGAAAUGAUCAGAUAUGGAGAUGAUAACAAAAGCAUUGAUAUUCACUUAAAGAAAGAUUCUCGAAGAGGAGUUGUCAAUAACCAGCAGACAGACUGGUCGUUUAAGCUGGAUGGAGUGCUCCAUGAUGCCUCCCAGGACGUGGUAUAUGAGACGGUUGCAAAGGAUGUGGUUUCUCAGGCACUCAAUGGCUAUAAUGGCACCAUCAUGUGUUAUGGGCAGACAGGAGCUGGCAAGACAUACACCAUGACGGGAGCUACUGAGAAUUACAAGCACCGAGGGAUCCUCCCUCGUGCUCUACAGCAGGUUUUUCGGAUGAUCGAAGAACGCCCCACACAUGCCAUCACUGUGCGUGUUUCCUACCUGGAAAUCUAUAAUGAGAGCCUGUUUGAUCUCUUGUCCACUCUGCCCUAUGUUGGACCCUCAGUCACACCAAUGACCAUUGUUGAAAACCCACAAGGGGUCUUCAUUAAGGGCUUGUCCGUGCACCUCACGAGUCAGGAAGAGGAUGCAUUCAGUCUUCUUUUUGAGGGAGAGACCAACAGGAUUAUCGCCUCCCAUACAAUGAACAAAAACUCUUCCAGGUCACACUGCAUCUUUACCAUCUAUGUGGAGGCCCAUUCACGGACCUUAUCGGAUGAAAAGUACAUCACCUCCAAAAUUAACUUGGUGGACCUGGCAGGCUCAGAGAGGCUGGGAAAGUCUGGGUCUGAGGGCCGCGUCCAGAAGGAAGCCACCUACAUCAACAAGUCCCUGUCAUUCCUGGAGCAGGCCAUCAUUGCCCUCGGGGAUCAGAGGCGGGACCACAUCCCCUUCCGGCAGUGCAAGCUCACCCACGCCCUGAAGGACUCAUUAGGGGGAAAUUGCAAUAUGGUCCUGGUGACAAACAUCUAUGGAGAAGCUGCCCAGUUGGAGGAGACGCUGUCUUCACUACGCUUCGCCAGCAGAAUGAAGUUAGUCACCACUGAGCCGGCCAUCAACGAGAAGUAUAAUGCUGAGCGGAUGGUCAAGAAUCUGGAGAAGGAGCUGGCACUGCUCAAGCAGGAACUAGCCAUCCAUGACAGCCUGGCCAACCGGACCCUUGUGAGCUACGACCCCAUGGAUGAAAUCCAGAUUGCAGAGAUCAACUCACAGGUGCGGAGAUACCUGGAGGGAACGCUGGAGGAAAUCGACGUAAUCAGCCUCAGACAGAUCCAGGAGGUGUUUAACCAGUUCCGGGUGAUUCUGAGCCAACAGGAACAAGAAAUAGAAGCUGCUCUGCGCAGGAAGUACACCCUGAUAGACAAGAAUGACUUUGCAACCAUUUCUGCUGUCCAGAAGGCAGGACUAGUGGACGCUGACGGCCACCUAGUGGGAGAGCCUGACGGGCAGAACUUUGGACUCGGGGUCCUCCCUUUCAGCAAACCUGGGAAGAAAUCCAAAUUGAAGAAGUCAGUCAAAGAGCAGCUCACCUCCUUGCCAAGAAAGGAUGGUGCCAGCAGCCCUGUGAGCGGCAAGGACCUAGAUAUUUCCCUCUCCAAGACGCAGCUGACCCCAUCUUCGAAGGACACAGAUGUCAAAGACAUGUUCCUGAAGGACCGGGAUACCUCCAGCUUUGAGCCCCUUCCCUUGGACUCCCCAAAAGAGGAACAACGCCCACCCAGGCCCAGCACCCCACCCUCCAAGCCUGCAGCCUUUGAGGACUUCAAGAAUGAACGAGGUAGUGAGAUCAACCGAAUCUUUAAGGAAAACAAAUCCAUCCUGAAUGAGCGGAGGAAGAGGGCCAGUGAGACCACACAACGCAUCAAUGCCAUCAAGAGGGAGAUUGACGUGACCAAAGAGGCGCUCAAUUUCCAGAAGUCACUACGGGAGAAGCAAGGUGAGUACGAGAACAAGGGGGUGAUGAUCAUUGAUGAGGAGGAGUUCCUGCUGAUCCUGAAGCUGAAAGAUCUGAAGAAGCAGUACCGGGAGGAAUACCAGGACCUGCGCGACCUCAGGGCUGAGAUCCAGUACUGCCAGCACCUGGUGGACCAGUGUCGCCAUCGCCUGCUCACAGAAUUUGACAUCUGGUACAACGAGUCCUUCUUCAUCCCAGAGGACAUACAGAUGGCCCUUCGGCCCGGUGGCAACAUCCGACCAGGCAUGGUGCCUCUGAGCAGAGUUGUGUCUCUGGGAGAAGAUGACCAGGACCGGUUCAGCCAGCUUCAGCAGGCAGUGCUCCCUGAGGGCCCAGAUUCUGCCUCCUUCUACAAUGCCAAACUCAAGACAGAACAUAAGCACAAUUACUUGAAAGCCAUUAUGAACUUCCAGCAGGGACAUAGAAAAUAGGGACUCCUCAAAGGACAAGACCACUGCAAGUCCUGCCUGCUCCGUUCACCUGCCUGCCCAGCGCUCCGGCAACUGUCCCAAGGCCCAGCCCAGCCGAGAGAACAGUGGCCAUCCAACCAGGCGGAACAUCCUGCUUCCUCUUCACAGAACGCUCUUGCUUGAAUUCACUGUCUUAUAUGCAAGGACAAGAUAAACACAAUUUUCUAGUUUGGACUUUUAUUAUUUUAAAAAAAAUUGUUUUGGUUUUUGGGCCAUA